CAAACAGAUGAUACCGCCAAUAGAAACGCGAAUUUUCACGACCAGGCACCGCCUUUACGCGACGGAUAUUGGUUUGAGCCAAUCAGCAACUGAAGUUCCGCGCCUCCUCUCCGUAGACGGAUUUCCGAACGUAGCGAAAUAGCCGAGAGUUUGUUUACGUCCUGUUGGUUAGCUGACAGCUGUUGUAGCGCUUUCCUCACAGAAACACUCGUGUCUGCAUGUCUUUGUUAGUUUUCCGGAACUUCGUCAACUUUUAGCCAAGUGUCGUGAAUGUCUGAGAUGGGAUGCUUUAUUGAAUGAGGGGCUGCUGCUAGAUGCCGACAGGAGGAUGAACUCCAUCACCGGUCGGGUUCUUGCUAUCCCCGCCGCCUCUGUCACCAACUCUGGAGCUUCAGCCUCUCGAGCCCUACAUGUGGAGCUCACAUCCCAGCAGAGACGGUUGCGUCAUCUUCGGAGCAUCGCAGCCAGAAACAUUGUCAACAGGAAUGGCUCUCCACUGCUGGACACGUACUUCACCCUCCACCUUUGUAUAGGAGACCGCAUUUCUAGAGAUUUUUACAAGAGUGAAGUCAUACGAGACUCACUGAAUCCAACUUGGCGGAGCCUGGACUUUGGCAUGCUCCCAGACCUUCUGGACACCUCAGUGUCUUGCUUUGUGGUGAGAAUCUGGGGAGGGCAGAAGGAACAGUACCAGCUCCUCAUCGAAUGGAAGGUUAAUUUGGACGGCCUCAGAUACACGGGGCAGCAGGUCAGCAAACACACCCGAGAGCAACAAAGUAGCAACACAAUAUAUAAUUUUUCCUGAGGCUUUCUGUGUGGCUUUUGAAAAAGUGAAUUGUUAUUGCAAAAAUCUAAUAGUACAACCCAAGUCACAGUGCAGAAGAUCGGGAAGGAGAUCGAGGAGAAGCUAAGGACGACGGCGGCCUGCACAGAGCGGAAGAAGGAGCGCGAGUGCAUGCAGCUGCGUAUAGCGGUCCUUCACAGUGAGCUGGAGCGGCAGAGGAAGGCACUCGGGAGGGAGAGAGACCUGCGACAGAAAGAGAGGGCACUGCUGCAGAAGAAAGAGGAUUCGUUUUCUGCUCAGCACGAGCGUCUGAAGGAGGAGAAAGAGUCCUUAUCCAAGCUGCAGAAGGAAUGCACAGCCAAGAGAGAGCAGUUCCUCAAGUCCAACGCCCAGCUCACCUUCCGUUGUCGUCAGCUCCUCUCUGAGCUUUCCUACAUCUACCCCAUCGAUGUGACCAAUCAGUCGGAUUAUGUCAUCUGUGGAGUGAAGCUGCCAAACUCGGAAGACUUUCAAGCAAAGGAUGAUGGGAGCAUAGCAGUCGCCUUGGGUUACACAGCACACCUGGUCCUCAUGAUCUCAUGCUUCCUGCAGAUCCCUCUUAGGUAUCCGGUGAUCCACAAGGGUUCACGCUCUUCUAUCAAGGACACCAUCACUGACAGACUCACUGAGAAAGAGAGAGAAUUCCCUUUGUACCCCAGAGGAGAGCGGUUUCAUUUUGAAUAUGGCGUCUACUUACUCAACAAGAACAUCGCCCAGCUGAGAUAUCAACAUGGACUGACCACCCCAGACCUGCAGCAGACACUACCCAACCUGAAGAACUUCCUGGAACAUGGGCUGAUGGUGCGAUGUGACCGACAUCAUGUCUCCAGCUCCAUCCCAGUGCCCACCAAGUCUCAGCUCGGUGUGUCUGCAGCUUCCGAGCUGGCCUAUCCCUGCCACACCAGCUCCCCAGACCGAGGCCUGAGGAACAGAGCAAGUUCAGAGGCUGAAGCAGAGCUUAAAUACAAGCCAGCAACCCCUCCACCCAGCUACAAUACAGCCAUCAGUGAGGGAAAGUCCCAGGUUGGCCUGGCACCGCCUUCGCCGUCACCGUCACCAUCACCCACACACCUGUCAUCCUCCCUUGAUCCAAGCAAGGCCCCACUUGACCUCUCCACGAAUACGGAAACCAUUGUGGAGGAAGAGCAGAAGGAAGAGAAGCAGGAGGCUAGAGGCACAGCGGUGGAGGCAGAAGGACGUGAAACUGCUGAAGGAGAGAGCGAACGGUAUAAGGGGAACAAGAGUGAUGAGAUGGAGGAGAACCCGUCCAGCAGCUCAAUGAUACCAAACUCUUCUGCAGUGCAGGACACUGAUGAAGAAACGAUGCCCGCUGCCCAGCACCCAGGUGCCAUGAAUGGCUCUUUAGUAUUAGAACAGGCGCCCAUCAGCCUGAUCCCAGAGCUGCGCUGCUCAGUGGAACAAGCUGAGGAGAUCAUGGGCACAGAGGCCACUGGUUUAGGUCUGGGGAUGGGGUUGGGAUUAGCAGAUGAAGCCCGGCUGGAUGACUACCGUUGCAUCCCCGUAGACCAUGCCGUAGCUGUGGAGUGUGACGAACAAGUGCUGGGAGAGCUGGACAUGGCUGGCUUCGAGGAGUUUUCCAGGCGAAUCUAUGCACUGAAUGAGAACAUGUCCAGUUUUCGUCGGCCACGCAAGAACUCUGAGAAGUAAGGCUGAGGACCCGAGGAGAGACGAAGGCAGGAAACUUGCACAGAUGCUUUUGGAAAAAACGCGAGGCAGGGCAUGCGAGACGUGGAGGACGUGUGUGGCGCUCGCUCCUUAACCAUAGCAUAAAAACAUCGUAGGAGCUCUUCUGGAAAAACAACCAAUUUGCACUUAUUGUAAACAUUUCCAUAAUAAACAUUUAAAUAAGAAGCAGUUGAAAGUGCAAGUACUGGGACAAGCACUGCUCUUACUGUUCAUGCAAACUUUAAUAUAUUUUACAAACAGAUUGAAAGCAGUUUUGACCUUUUUAGAUUCACAGAAGGAUUUAGCCUCAGCUUAAGUAAUCCCCCCUCUGUUGUUCCAGUAAACGGGACCAUUACAGUAAAAUGACGCUCAGUCUUGACCUUGCCUCCUUUUAGAUCCACAGCCAGAGUGCAGCUCAGUACCCCCACAGCUCCCUCCUGAUCACUCUGCUAGUCUUUUGAAUUAGUGCGGUUUUUCCUUUUGAGAGUCGGAUGUCCCAGUAAUUCCACCUUUGACUGUACAAGCAAAUGUUAAAAUGCUUCCCGAGCCUUCAUUCAGGGUGUAUGACAGUGGGCACUUGGAAGUAAGUGUGUGAGUGUGCACACACCUCACAUCAGCAUGUCAUCAUAGUCACACAAUCACAGUUGGAGUAAUCCCACCAGUGACCCCAAGGACACGGCAGUAUUCUGCUACCACAGAGCGAGGUGGGAGCUGGAACCCGUAGCCCAGUCAGAGACUCGUUAACUGUGACACGCUGCAUCUCCUCGGCUUCGACAGGCUGACCCACUCGUCCUUCUCCUCACGGGCUCGAGUUUCUCCUUCAGGUCUCAAAUGAGGAUCUUAAGAGUGGCAGGUCGAAGCUUUCAGAUCUUGGCAGGGAUACGGUGUCUGUUUUUUUUCCUCAGCUUUUACCUUUUAAGUUUAUCGUCCCCCAUCGGCAUAAAUUUAACGACAUGUCCGCUGAUUCUUACAUUCAGUAGACCAAAACCUGUCACUGCGUGUCCGUCGUCUGUUGGAGUGUCACUCAGGCUCUCUUCUAACUGUCAACGAGUGUCUCAAUCCCACCGUCUGUGAUUUAGCGUCUCCCUGCUCACAACGCUUUCUUGCACUGGUAUUCAGUUUUUGCAUUAUUUAUGUCUCAGCAACUGUGUGUGUGAAGAAAUCAAUAUUUAGUUUGAAUUCACUCAUGAAUGUUGUCAAAUAUAGUAGACUGAUGUCAUAACCAGUAUCCGGGUCCAGACUUGGACAGCUGCUUUGCACCGCUGGCCUUGAUGAAGAUGGACUUUCCACUGGCGGCGCACGUCGUGUUCCCGAUGCAGUACCGUGUUUGCUGAUUGUUGGGAUUUAUUGUAUUUAAAACUAAAAGGUGAAGCAUAUAAAUCAUUUCCAUAACCACACAGUUCAUUAAGUGACCAUGUACAUAUACUUUUGUAUGGAGAUUUUUGGGGGCGUUAUUAAAGACUUGCGGUCCAAUGGCAUGGGUGUAUGUAUCCCAUUUAA